AUGGCCGAUAUUCUCACACAGCUCCAGACUUGUCUGGAUCAGCUCGCAACACAAUUCUACGCAACACUUGGCUAUCUCACAACGUACCACGACAAUGCCCCCACAACACCACCACCUAAUGUCCCAGACGCAGCACCAGCCCUAGCCAAAAUCAUUAAGAACAAGUCGUCACCACCGGUACCAGCAUCCAUCGCAAACAAGGCGGGGGGAGCAGCGGCCGUUGCAGGAAACGCAUCACCCCCGCUUGCGCCUCCUCAACAACCUGGAGCUGCACCAGCAACAGCACCAGAAAACCAAGAUCCCGACCUUCCUCCCGCACCAGACUCGCCCCGCACAUUUGCGAGCCGACAGCGGGAACUUGCGCGCGACCUCAUUAUCAAGGAACAACAGAUCGAGUACCUCAUCUCCGUGCUUCCUGGGAUUGGCGCCUCUGAAGCUGAGCAAGAGGCCAGAAUCCGGGAACUGGAGACAGAGCUUAGAGGCGUUGAGAAGGAGCGUGCUGCGAAAGUCCGGGAGUUGAAAAAGUUGCGGACUCGGCUGGAGGAUGUUCUCGGCGCUGUUACUGUGGGUAUCCAUGGGGAUGACUACCCUCAAAAGUGA